AUGUUGCAGAAUCAAUCACUAAGGUCUAGUGGUCGUCAAAGUUGGAAAGCACAGACUGAGAGUCGUAGACAUGUCUCUAGACGGAAUAGCGAUUCCAUAGAGCGCCUGGUUGUUCAGGGAAAGGUGGAAGGGACAAGACCACGCGGAAGAUCACCUGUGCGUUGGACUGACCAGGUUAAAUCGGCAGUAGGAACGCGUGUAUCGGACUGCACCAGACAGUCUGCCAACAGGGAGAGAUGGCGGGAGAUCGUGCGGAGAGUUGUGUCCGCCUCAACCACCGAUGUGGAUGCCUCUACGUGCCCACGACCGCUCUGCCAAGAGCGAAACGAUAGAGAAGAAGAAGAGAGUCGUAGGUUCGUAGCCGCGUCACUUUUUUCUUUGGCACGGGUCAGCAAGAUAAACUUUAAUUACCUGAUGGUAAGCAAACCGCGCCGCCCAAGGGAACUCGUAAUAUCAAAGUUACUACAAAUGCGUUGCCGGACUGGGAAUUUGAGGAUUGAGGAUGAGGCGAAGGCCUCCGGUAAUCUUAAUCACACGGCAACGCACAACGUAAAUCUUACUUACUAUAUUGGUACUUGUGUCAGUUGGGAGUUGUCAUGCUCACUCAGGAGUCUCAUUGGCGGUGGCACGGGCACUGCACCCUAUAAUAUGGUUGAGUUGGGAGGUGCUGGUGUACGUGUCAUGUUCGUGAACGGACGCCGCCUAUUGGGACUGGUCAACUCGAGACUGUCUAAAGUUGCUGUCCCUGAGGGUUAUUUCUUUUUCGGAUACUUUGGUUAA